CCAGGCAACGUAGCGUGUCUGGAAAGUGAAGCGCAGUGGGAUUGAUGUGGAGCCCCCGUCGCCAUCAGCCCUUAAAGAUAUAAUUUCCCUGCUCCCUUCGCCCGACAAACCGCUUCUUUUUGUCGACAUGUUAAUUAAGGCAUCCCGUAACUGUCAGUUAACUGGUGCUGACUAUAGGUUUAUAUUACAGAAUCAAUUAGGGGACUCAUAUGAUGAGGAGCGUUUGCUCGAAAUAGUCGAUGUGUUGCAACCUAGAAAUGACGUCGCUGUGAAUAUAAAGGAAGAAAUAGCUCCGGCUCAGGAAGGUGGCCGUCCGCGUCAGCGCACCGUGUCGACAUUUUUUUGGAGGGACACACCGAAUGCUUUGCAGCUCCUGCGUGAGCAGUUAACUAGGUAUUUACUGGCUAUGAAACAAGCGAACCGUGAUCUGUCGCAGGUUACUAACUGUAAACAGGAAAAGUCAGAAGUGACGUCGGCCUUUUGGAAACGUUUUGGUGAAGUUUGGCAGCACCUGGGUGGGUUAGAAUUGGACAUGACUCAACCCAAUCCAAUGUUCCUGUCCACCUUUUUAUCUAACUGCCGCCCUGAGGUUCAGAACGUUUUGAAACAUCACUUGAGCGAUAGGACUCAUUUGGUCCUUCGCCAAGCGGGUGAACGGUUGAGGACAAUGGAAAGUGAUGGGUUGUUAGAUUGUAAGACUAAUAAAGCAUGUUUAUCUGUGGCCCCACAGGGCCCCGGGUUGUAUCGUCAUAAUAAUGACAAAACACGUACCGGGCCUCGCACAUGGUCGGGUGGGAACCGGAAGAAAACAGGCAGGUGCCACUAUUGUGGAAAGGAGGGCCACUGGAUGAGGGAAUGCCAUGCGCAGCGGAGGGAUGAGCAGAGUAGGACGGGAGAAUUAGGGGAUGUGUUGCCCGGCCAGAAUCCCGGACCUAAGGGCUAUCGGCAGAAUAACGGACAGGACCAGCGCUAUCACGCCCCGCUAUAGGGCUGCCCCCAGGGUACGGAAUCCACAGCCGUUGCCAUGUUAAAUCUCUCUUUUAGCUCUCCUCGUAAUGCGGAGCUCCCUCUUGUGCCUCUGUGUUUGGCAGGAAGGGAGUAUCCGUUUCUACUUGAUACUGGGGCCACUAUGUCCUCAGUAGGGAGGGAUUAUGAGGGUCCUUUAUCUACACGGUUUGUUAGCUCUGUGGGGAUAGAAGGGGUUCCUUUUGACUCUAGUUGUACACCACCCUUACCUGUCAUCUGCACUCUGGACCCUUCAUUGCGUUUUUCACACUCUUUCAUUUUUAUGCCAGAGUGCCCCUUUAAUCUUUUAGGUCGCGACCUCAUGAGUCUUCUCGGACUCUCGAUCUCCUUUAGCGGCUCACACAUGAUUGUUGAUACCCCGGACGGUGCUCCGCCUGAUGUUUUUGCCCUAUCCAGUUCUGUGCUGCCACAUAACAUUCUGAACGCUGCUUGUACGUCCCAAGCUCCUUCCCCUGUUCUCUCUGCUCUUCCUAACACCCUGUGGGCGGAUCAUAAGGACGAUGUGGGCUCUGUGAGCUGCUCUCCGUAUGAAGCUGUUAUUAAACACUCUACACCUGUUUAUGUUAAACAAUACCCUCUGUCUCCUAGUAAGCUCAAUGGUAUUGACAAUAUUCUAAAAUCUCUUUUGCAGCAAGGUGUCAUGGUUCCUUGUGUCAGCCCGUAUAACACCCCAGUGAACCCGGUCCCAAAACCGGAUGGCACAUGGCGCUUCACUCAAGACCUACGUAAAAUAAAUGAACUCAUCGUUCCCGUGGCUCCAGUGGUCCCUGACGUUCCUUCUCUUAUGUCUUCUAUUCCGUGUGACCAUGCUUAUUUCUCUGUGAUUGAUUUGUGCUCUGCCUUUUACAGUGUUCCUGUUGGCCAUGAGACUCAGCCCCUGUUUGCUUUCACACACAGGGGAAGACAAUACACGUGGACGCGGUUGCCACAGGGUUUCAUUGACUCACCGGCGGUCUUCACUGCCGUAUUGCGGGACGCGCUGGCUGAUCUCUGUCUUCCCCGGGGCUCCACGGUGCUCCAGUACGCGGAUGAUCUCCUGGUAACGGCGGAGGAUCAAGACGCUUGUGCUGCCGCCACAUUGUCUCUCCUCACACUCCUGGCGCAGAAGGGUUUCAAGGUCUCCCGCACGAAGUUGCAGUUUUGCCUCACAACUGUUCGCUACUUGGGACAUGACCUCUCCCAGGGUUCCAGGAGGCUUAGCCCGGAACACGUUCAAGUCAUUAUGGACACUCAGGCUGCGGAGCUCUAUGCUUUGACUCGCGCGUGUAUUUUGGCUCAAGACACAGACGUUACUAUUUACACCGACUCACGCUACGCUUUCGGCGUGGCGCACGACUUCGGCCGCAUUUGGGCGUCUCGGGGGUUUACGACAGCCGACGGUAAGCCCAUUUCUCAUUCUUCACUUGUUACUGAUUUAAUCACCGCCUGUCUCCUUCCGUGCACGUUGGCCAUUGUUAAGACACGCGCGCACACAAGAGGGGACUCAUUUGAAGUAAAGGGCAAUUCAUUCGCUGAUCGAGUCGCUAAAGCUGCAGCCGCAUCCGGUGUCCUGCCUCCAGGCUUUAAUUGCGCUUUAGUUUCUACUGAUCGCAUGGUUAGCGCUGUCUUACCUGACAUAGAUCUCAUUUCUAUCCAGGCCUCGGCCUCUGUGGCAGAUACGCAGUUCUGGGACGCCCAGGGCGCGACAGAGAAGAGUGGCGUUUUGCUUGACGCACAGGGCCGUCUUUGUUUACCUCGUCACUGUACUCCCUUUCUCGUCCGCGAGUUCCAUGGUCCCACUCAUCGCGGCCGAAGAGGGGUAGUGGAGGAUAUGAACAGAACAUUCUGCAUCAAUAAUUUGCACACAGACGCACACAACAUUCUGGACAAGUGUUUAACGUGCGCCCAGAAUAAUCUAUCUAAACCAGGCGCGGUACAUCAGCACCUUCCCAUACCCGACACGCCUUUCCAAGAAUGGCAGAUCGACUUCACUCACAUGCCAAAGCAGGGCCCGUUCAAAUACCUUUUGGUCAUGAUUGACAAAUUUUCACGGUGGAUUGAGGCUUUCCCGUGUAGCAAAGAGAACGCCCGAACAGCAGUGAACAAACUUACACAGGAAAUUAUCCCACGUUACGGUCUUCCGGUAGGAAUUGACUCUGAUAAGGGAACGCCGUUCACCUCUAAGGUAACGCAGGAGCUAUGUAAAGACCUCAAGAUCAAUUGGCGUUUUCAUAUCCCAUACCAUCCACAGUCCUCUGGCAUUGUGGAGCGCGCGAAUAGAACAAUUAAGGGUAAGUUGCGUAAGGCUAUGCAAGACGCAGGCACGAAAAAUUGGGUCCAAGUUUUACCGUUGGUCCUCGCUGAUAUGCGCAUGACUGCUCAGGUCGCUCUCGACAAUUUAUCUCCGUACGAGCUCGUCAUGGGACGCCCCUUUCCUGUCCCUUGGCGUAGAGGCAUGCAGGUUAUAGGAACGGGUGAUCUUGAAGUACAUCUCAGCAAGUACGCGGUGGGUCUCAUGCAGGUGCUGGAUGAGUAUUGGGCGAGAGUAAAUUCCAAAAAGCCUCCCAUUCCAGAGGCACACACUCACCCCUUUGAGGUAGGGGACAGAGUUUUAGUAAAGAGAUUUGCUAAACUAAACGCUCCCAUGGAGGAGUCACCCUACAGUGGGCCCACCGAUGUACUCGCUGUAACUCGCACGGCUGUGCUAACGGACCUUUUUCCACAGUGGAUCCAUGCCAGCAGAAUAAAGAAGGCUCCAAUGUAAUAGAAAUCUAUAUUGUUGAUGCUUAACAGACUUUUGUGUUUCAGAAAGUUGCUGUGACAAUAGCUGACGGCCUUUUCAGGGAUCCCCUUCCAGCAUCUGGAGCAAUCCAGUUUCGGCUGAUCUACAAAGAGGGGAUGGUUGGUGAGUCUUGCAAAGUUCUGGGCUGAAGAGUCUGAAAAGCACGGGAGCCUGUGACAUUUUUCGCCGUCUGCACCCUGUGAGCAUUAGAGAACAAAGUCAGUGAACAGUAUGACUUUCUUCAUCAUCGUGCUGAUCUCAACGCUUGGGGCAGGGUUACCCGCACAAGCAAUACACCGGGACCCAAGGGAUAACGAGUUUUGGAAAUAUGUAAACUUCACUGUAAAAACAUCAAUGAAUAUGAGUAAACCCUGCUAUGUGUGUUCUUUGUUACCCCAUGACAGCAGUGCUCCUUUUCCGGUCCGAAUAGCCCCGUCUAACUACUCUGAGGUUAAUAUGACAUGGCUCAGCCUGUGGCCCUCGUAUACUCAAACUAAGGUUUUCCUGACAGACAAUACAGACCCAGAGGUAAGGUUGUCAAUACACUGGGAUACCUCUAUGAAUUAUUCAGUAUGCUUUCAUCGAUAUGAAGGUAACGGUACGGAAGUAGACCGAGAGGCGUUCAAUCACUGUAGUCUUUCGAACCCAACCGUAUGUAUCCGGAAAAAUGUUUCUUCCCCCUGGCAGAAAGGUCUACCUGGCUGCCGUUGUCAAUAUAUCUUUAACCUGAAACAGGACACGGCGGGACGUACCAUGUUUAAUUCUGACUACCCGAUCUGGCUACCAGAUUGGUAUUGGGAUUGCGACCGGGGUAAGUUGUGGUCUUACCUUCCCUCUCUGCAACGCGGCCUGUGUGCCCUGGUUCAGGUCCAGCAUGCAUUUACUGUUGUGCCCGUCCCUGAGGUUCUCAAUACGGGCCGAAGGCGGCGAUCCGUAGACGACGAUUUUUUCCCGCCUUGUGAACAUCAAUUAGAAAGCAAAUGGAAUAAAUUUUGGCAAUCGUUGGUCCCACAAUACGGUCUAACACAGGUAUGGAACCAACUAGAAGUAACUCACUAUCGUCUUGCUACCUUUGUUAAUGCUACUAACGCCGCUAUGGAAGGCAUCCGCGUCGAACUAACGGCGCUGCGCUUAAUGACAACCCAGAAUCGAAUGGCUUUAGACAUACUUCUCGCUAAAGAGGGCGGUGUUUGUGCAAUGAUAGGCGACUCUUGCUGUACCUUCGUUCCUAAUAAGGACGACGAAAGCUUCGGGGAGAUUGCAAAACAAUUAGGAAAGAUGCGACAGGUAGCUCACGAUUUACAUAUGGACGAGCAAGCUAGCUCGCCCUGGGGAUGGGGGUGGUUGCACGUUUUGUUCGGAGGUCUGGCUCCUUAUAUCUCUAUGAUCAUUCCCGUUGUGUUUAUUGGCCUUCUGGUGUGCCUGUGUGGCCCGUUUCUUUUCCGUUGUUGCAUGGAUCGUAUAUAUAAUAUGAUGAUCUCGCACACAGGUUAUGUCCCUGUGUCGGCCACGACUGGGGUGUGAAUAAUACUCUGGGCUUGCGUCAGAGUAUUAAAGAGGGGAUUGUAAGAAUAUAAUCCUGAAUACUCCUAAACCUACUCUUGUAAAUGCGCGGCCCAAGGGUGACUGUCGUGUAGUGUAGCAGUUUAGGGUUUACUUUAGGCCAGCUACAAUACGUGCUGCUCUGUACAUUUUGCACUUCCACAUGUUCUGUUCCCGUUUCAUAUCCUGAUUUUGUCUAUGUUUUUGUGUGAAACAUCCUGUUGAACUGUGCAUAACUCUUGUGUGACCUUGAGUGUGUGCAAGCACAUUCCGUAAUUUUCCACUGCUGAUACUCCCUGCGAGGAGUGUAUAUAAAGCCCCGACGCAGCUGCGCGUUGGGGGCACGGCUGAGAAUAAACCAGAUUGAUUUAACUCGUGUGGUUUGUCCUCCUUUGUCCUAGGAGUACUCCUUGGUAACGCAUCUGAACAGCACGCAGCGCAAUCCUAACAGAUGCUAAGCAAGUUUCUCCCUGCUGAUGUGGACGUUCAGCAAGAGAUUCUCCAGUAUGGUGUGGACCAGAGCCUACCAACAUUCACUGAUGGAGAAGAUGCUGUCAGCUGGUGGGCAGAUGUUUCUGAUACAGGAAGGUACCCAGCACUCACCAAAACAGCACAGACAGCAUUGUCUGUGUUCCAUGGGCCACUGAUUGAGUCAUCUUUCAGUUACAUGUCAGAAAUCAUUGACUCAAAAAGUGGCAGCAUGAGCAUCAGCACUCUGAGUGCCAUCCAAACUGUGAAACACACCAUGCUGACCCAAAAGAAGACUGCAGUAGAAAUGUUCAAUAGAGAAGACAUAAAGUAUGGGCCAGUGGAUCAGAAGAUGUGUCAAAACAUCCUGUCGGCUGGAAGUAAGGACAAAGCUUUAAGAAAGCAAGCAGCCUUGAAGGAGAUGGAGAGACGGAGGGUGUUUGACUGCCAGCCAUCCUCAAGCGCUGCCGCAGCCAGAAGAACCAAGGCAGAAGAGGAGGCUCUGGCCAGAAGGAGGCAUGCGGCCAAACAACGAAAGCGAGCUUGUGAAACCCUUGUCCAGGCUAAGAAGAAAAAAAAAUGAAUGUUUUUCAAGUAAAACAUAUUCAUUCAUUUUCAUUAUUCAUGCAAAACAUACUGAAAAAUAGUAUUUUUCAGUUUCCCUCCAUGGUGUUUGCGUGCGU